AUGGCAGAAACAUUCUUUGUAAGUGCUCCAGGAAAGGUCAUUUUGUUUGGGGAACAUUCUGCAGUGUUUGGUAAACCAGCCAUAGCUGCUGCCAUAAGUUUGAGAGCUUAUUUAUUGGUUUCUCCAAGUAAAGAUCCUAAUGUUAUACGAUUAGAUUUUCCAGAUAUCAAGUUAUCAGUUUCAUGGAAUAAAUCAGAUAUACCCUUCGAUGAAAUAAAGAAACAUUGUAAUUAUGAUACUGAAGGUAAUUUACAAACAACAGAAGAAUUAGUCCCUGAAAUAAUUGAAUUAUUGACUGAUAGUUUGGCUAAUCUCAAUACUACCUUCCAUCAUAGUGCAUGUCUUUCAUUCUUAUAUUUGUAUACACAACUUUGUAACAAAGAUACUCCAGGGAAUGUCUUCUGUGUAAGGUCAACUGUCCCAAUUGGUGCAGGAUUAGGUUCAUCUGCCAGUACUUCAGUUUGUUUAGCUGCAGCCUUAGGUUACUUAGGUGGACAUAUUUCAAAACCAACUUUUGAAUUGGAUGAUAAAGUUAAUAAUUCCGAUGUUAAAGAAUUGAAUUUCGUUGAUGCUUGGUCUUUCAUGGGUGAAAAAACUUUCCAUGGGAAUCCUUCAGGAAUCGAUAACGCGGUUUCUACUCAUGGUGGAGCUGUUAUGUAUCAAAGAAUGACACAACCUUCAAAUCCUUCAGUCAGAACUACUAUGAGAAAUUUCCCUCCUUUGAAAUUAUUAUUGACCAAUUCUAAAAUCCCCAGAAGUACUGCUACUUUGGUUGGUAAUGUUUCAAAAUUAAACAAUGAAUAUCCAAAUAUUGUAGGUCCAAUUUUAGAUGCCAUGGGGAACAUUUCUAAAAAUGCCUAUCAACAUAUGAUUAAACCAGCAUUAGAUGAUGAAUCCAGGAAACAAUUGUAUGAUUUAGUUACUUUGAAUCAUGGAUUAUUAGUAUCUUUAGGAGUUUCUCAUCCGGUGUUAGAAGAAAUCAAAUCCAUUGGUGAUUUAAAUAAAAUAGGUGUAACUAAAUUAACAGGUGCUGGAGGUGGUGGUUGUGCUAUAACAUUAGUUUAUGAAGAUGUUGAUGAAGAAAUCAUCAAAUCAACCCUCAAAACAUAUGAAUCUAAAGGUUUUGCAUCUUAUGAAACUUCUUUAGGUGGAAAAGGUGUGGGAGCAUUAUUCUCUCAUAGUGAAGAAUCAGUUUUCGAUAUUGAAACUUUUGCAAAUUUAAAAACUCGUGAAGAGAUAGAAAGUUUAUUACAUAUUAAUGAAAUCAAAGAAUGGAAAUUCUGGUGA